AUUAAUCAUUAUUCACUUUACGGGUGCCUAGUAGAAUAUUUAAUUAACCACUACAAAUAGGUGCAUUAUAAUUUACUAUUAAUUGUGUCUGUAUCCCGUUUAGCAGAACACUUUCCAACCGUAUACGACCGUCAAUGCCGUUUUACCUAAAUGUAAUAGGUUCGCAGUGACGUCGUGUUCAGCUGUGAGCAGAGGUGUUUUGCGUACUUGGGAUUCGGAUCAUCGCAUUACAAAAACAGCACUGCACUUGUGCGUUAUCAUGUACGUAAUACGCGUCUAAGUGAGGACAGAGGACGUCUUGUAGUACCUACUUGGUGGUGGACUUGGAGCUACGACGAUUGCGCUACGCAAGAUGGGCAGCUGCUUCAGUUGUCAGAGGGGCUCGUCUGGCAAGAAGGACAUGACGGGCUCGCCUUCCAACGCUGGUAACAGCAAAGACAACAUAUUGCCAGCCGUGCCCAACGUACCCAUACAGAAUAUGCCACCCCACGACAACAUACGUGAAGUCAGGAACGGGCCAAUGCCGCCGGUGCCCGACCAGGAGCCUUCAAACGCCACAAAUGCAUCGGCAAAAAUAUUUGUAGCCCUUUACGAUUAUGACGCACGCACCGAUGAAGACCUUAGCUUCAGGAAAGGAGAACAUUUGGAAAUCCUGAACGAUACACAAGGAGAUUGGUGGCUAGCCAGGAGCAAAGCUACUAAACAGGAAGGUUAUAUUCCUUCUAAUUAUGUAGCCAAAUUGAAGUCUAUAGAGGCUGAGCCAUGGUAUUUUGGCAAGAUCAAGAGAAUUGAAGCCGAGAAAAAACUGCUAUUGCCAGAGAAUGAUCACGGAGCAUUUUUAAUCAGGGAUUCCGAGAGUAGAAGAAAUGAUUACUCUUUGUCUGUUCGCGAUGGUGAUACUGUUAAACAUUACCGAAUCAGACAAUUAGAUGAAGGUGGAUUCUUCAUUGCUCGGCGUACAACCUUUAGAACUUUACAGGAAUUAGUAGAGUACUAUAGUAAAGAUGCUGACGGUUUAUGUGUCAACUUACGUAAACCUUGUGUACAGGUGGAGAAACCAGUAACUGGUGGUCUGUCCCAUAGUACAAGAGAUCAAUGGGAAAUUGAUAGAUCUUCAUUGAAGUUUGUCAGAAAAUUAGGGCAUGGUCAGUUUGGUGAAGUUUGGGAAGGCUUGUGGAAUAAUACAACACCAGUUGCUAUAAAAACAUUGAAGACUGGUACAAUGGAUCCUAAGGAUUUCUUAGCUGAAGCCCAAAUUAUGAAAAAACUAAGGCAUACCAAAUUAAUUCAAUUAUAUGCUGUUUGCACUAUGGAAGAGCCAAUUUAUAUUAUCACUGAACUUAUGAAAAAUGGAAGUUUAUUAGACUUUUUACAAGGUAAAGGACGUGGUUUGAAACUCCAACAAUUGAUUGAUAUGGCAGCUCAAAUAGCAUCUGGUAUGGCAUACCUUGAAUCUCAAAAUUACAUUCAUCGUGAUCUUGCUGCUAGGAACGUUCUUGUUGGAGAGAGUAACAUUGUGAAGAUUGCCGAUUUUGGUCUUGCUCGUCUUAUAAAGGAGGAUGAGUAUGAAGCAAGAGUUGGUGCUAGAUUCCCUAUCAAAUGGACUGCACCAGAAGCUGCUAACUAUAGCAAAUUUUCUAUAAAAUCUGAUGUAUGGUCAUUUGGAAUUUUACUCACUGAGCUGGUUACCUAUGGGCGAAUACCUUACCCGGGUAUGACCAAUGCUGAGGUAUUGCAUCAGGUUGAGCAUGGUUACCGAAUGCCAAUGCCACCUAAUUGUCCAACAGCGUUGUAUGAUAUUAUGUUAGAAUGCUGGCAUAAAGAUGCAAUGAAGAGACCAACAUUUGAAACACUCCAGUGGAAACUGGAAGACUUCUUCACAAUGGAGGGGUCUGAGUAUAAAGAAGCAUCGGGUUACUGAGAUCACGCCCGCCUCUCGGAGUGGCCUAUGCAACAGGCCAUCGCUCUACGCGGUGCUAAUCCCCAAGCAGCCGCCAUAUAUAUGCAACAUGCAUCUGCGGUUUAUCACGCACACAGACAUCAACUACAUCAUUUGCACAAUAUUUAUCAUUAACACUGCUAGAUACAUCUCUGACCAUCAUUACUUUUGGUAAGUCAUAAAUAUUUAUAACUUAUCCGUUUCUUUUUUCUUUUUUUUUUUUGAAGUUUUUAUGAAUGAAUUGUUUUAAACUAUUUAGUUGUAGAUAAUAUUUUAAUUUUAUUAGAUACUGUUAUUCUGUUCAACAUUAGAUUGUAAACUUAGGUUAAAUUAUUUUUUAUAUCUGCCAACAUGCUUUAUCUAAUUUGUACUUUUUUUCAUUUUUAUUAAUGUUAAUAAGUUCUAUUUUUUUAUAACACAGUAAGUAAUAUUAUCUCUGUAUGUAUAAUCAUAAACAUAGCUCAAAGAAACCUUGUACAAGACAUUUAAUUUAGUGAUGUUGUUCCUGAAUCAGUAAAUUGAUCCCUUCAUUAUGUAAUAUUUGAAAACUGUGAUUGUUGUAUGGUUCAUAUGAAAUUCAGAGAACUAGUGUAUUAUAUCUAAGGACAAUGCAUUUUUUUAUAAUCUUGGUAUAUUAUAUAAUAUUAUAUUUUAUUGUAACAGGUGUAAUUUUUACCUGCAUCUAGAAUAAUAUAUUGUAAGUUAGUACAAUUUUUAAAUUUAUUGUUCAAUUUAUAUAUUAUAUACUAGUUCUUUGUUCAAUAAUGUCAAAAGUAAUAUCUGUUUGUGAUCUGCAAUGUCAAUUGUUAAUCUAUUUUUAGUGAAAAUUAAAAUAUGUUAAAUAUUUGUUUUGUAGUUAUUCUAAAAAUGAAUUAAUACAAAUUACAUUCAGUAUUAUUCAGAUAAUAAUAUAUCUGUUCAUUUAAAUGUAUUUAAUAUAAUUGAUAACUUUCUAUGAUAAUGCAUAGUUAUUAGUUAUUACCAAUAUAUUAAUAAGAAAUAAUAUUUAAUUAAAUAUUUUAUAAAAAAUCACAAUUAGUUUAUUCUACUCUUGAUAGUAUUUCAUAUCAGUUUUUGUCUUGUAAUAUCUAAGCAUUGUACCAAUCACAGUUUGUUUUAAUUUAAACAACUAUAUUUAAAUUCUUCUAAAUAUUUUUUGAUAAGACACUUCAUAGAUUAUGCAUAUAACAACAUUAAUUUUCCAUUUACUGUUUAUAUCACAAUCGUAAUUAUAUAAAUGUAUCCUUUUUUAUGCCAUUUUCUUUAUUAUUUUUUUACCUUAUUAUAUUUUCUACAUUUUUUUAUGACUCACAAAAAUAAUUUUGUUAAGUACAAAACCAAAAAUCCAAAAGAUGUUCUAAACUACUAUAACGAAUUAACACAAAAAAACAACCCAGUGUUCAUAUUUUCAGAGCGAUUUCGAGAGGUUAACGUAUUAUUCUAUAAUACUAAUAAAUAAAUAAUAUUAAAAAAAAUUGUAAAUAAAAUAAUUUUGUUCUCAUCAUGAGUUUUUUUAUACUAGAAAUACAUUCAAAAGUUGUUAUUUAA